AUGUCAGGAAAUGAGAAAACCGACAGUGGGUUCAUGGGUAUCCCGUCUAUGGUCAAGGGUUUGAUCAAACGAGCGAUCAAAAAUGGCGCUUCCAUGGUUCCAUCGCCGCAAUCUGGUGUAGAGAAACAGAAGCCCGGACAUGGACGUGCUGGAGACACUGUCAGGUCCGAUCCAGACCAGAAAGUCGAAGAAGGGAUUCCUAUCCGUUACCUUACCUUCUGGCGCAAUGGCUUCCAGUUCGAAGGUGGAGAAUUCAGGCGGUAUGACGACCCAGCCCAACAGAGAAUUUUGGAAGAAAUUAACACUGGAAAUGCCCCUCCAUCUAUUCUCAAUGUCAAGGCGGGACAGUUGGUUGAAGUACAUGUCCAAAAGCGCACCGAUGAAGAUUAUAUCCCACCGAAGUGCUAA